UCAUUUAUUCAGAAAUUAGACCUUCACAGGCACUUUUUCUCGUCAAUCUUUAAAUUUAUAGUUAUUUCUCACAAGCUAGAAACUACUGGCAUUUCGGAACGACCACUGCUGAGAAGAAAUGCCGAAAGAAACUCAUUUGAACAGUGUUGGUCCCUAUCAUGCCAGAUCGGCUUACCAUUAUUGUUUCUUACAAAAAAAAUUUUUUUUCUUUUCUUUCUAAUAAUAUAUAAAAGUACAUAAUGUACAUAGUCAAAAGGUAUAUCAAAACAGGUUAUGAUUGUGAUCCGAGUGCUGAUUAUAAUAUAUAUAUAUAUAUGUAAAGAAAUAAGAUUAUUAUUUCUUCAUUUUGAAUUUGCCGCGCUUUGCGUUGUCGACAAAGCAGCAUGGUAAAGUUGGUAAAACAGUUCUGUUAUUUAAAUUUGCCGCGUUCAGUCACGUCAAUGUCAAGUCGAUAGACGUCAGACAGAAUAAUUUCAAAAUAUAGGAGGUGGUAAAAUAAUUUGUUGAUGAUUGUAUUGUGAAAUAAAUUGGUGGAUAUAAUUUUGAUAAAAAGUGUAAGAAAUAAACUUUAUUGUCGUUUCUUUGUUUACAGCAACACAAGAGUUUAUUUCCAACACUCCUGAAGAAUUAAGAUAAGAUCUUAUAAAACGACAAUCUUGUUUUAAUGAAAAAUGGAGAAACUUCAAUUUAAAUUUACAUUAUUGCCCGGAAGUGAUGGAAAGUCAAAUGUGUAUUCUAUAACCUCAAUAACCACUAAGGACAACAAAGUGUAUGCAAUACCUGAGGAGUUUCAGGCGGUUGGCCAUCACAAAGAAAUCAUUAAAACCUCUGCAUAUAAUAAAGUGAAGAAUAGCUUAAAAAAAAGGUUCCAAACAAGAAGAGUCUGGAUAACAAUGACACAAGAAUUGGCUGGAAUUUAUUUAGAUGAAGACGGAAACGUGCAAUUUGGAGAUCAAUUUUUAGAAGAAAUAAUAGAAGAAGAAGUGGCGCAGAAGAACGAGUCAGGUACACUAGAAAAAUUAUUUGAAAAGUUUAUAGAAACCACGCAAGCAAAUAGGCAGCAAAGUUUAAAAUCAAUUGCAGAAAAAUUUGUAUUAGAAAAAUUUACUAGUAAAAAUGCCAACGCAAAUCUGUGGAUUGACAUUUUUGAAAAAGAAUGUUUGCGAUGUGAGGUAACAUCGGAUGAAAAAAAAAUUGAAAUACUCAGAUUGUUUUUGGAUAAGACCUGCGCUGACUGGUAUAGUUCUAUGAUUAUGAAAUUGUCAUUCAAAUCUGAAUGGUCUAUAUGGAAAAGCAAAUUUUGUGAGACAUUCGCCAAUAAGGGAUGGAACCCAGUCACUUACGCACUGUUUUUUAAAUACAAAGAUGGUUCUUUACUAGAAUACGCUAUAAAAAAGGAAAAACUUCUGCUGGAGAUGAGACCAUCAAUUGAUACAGGUACUUUGACAGAUCUUAUUGCAGCGGGAUUACCAGAAUUCAUUUUAAACAAAAUAGACCGAGAAAUUCUAAAAGAUACAAUGGAUUUAUUUAAUGAGCUGAAUAAGCAUGAACACUCGAUGAAUAAAAGAAAUUUUGUGGCCAAGAGAAAUUAUGGAAAUCAGAAGUCUUAUGUUAAAACCGAAACAAAAAUUCCAUGCAAAAUAUGUGAAAAAUUAAAUAAGGGCUCGCGUUAUCAUUCUGAAAAUUUAUGCUGGUUUAAAGAAAAAGAAGAGGAAAAAAUUAAGAAAAAUUCCAUUAGGCAUGUCAAUAAUUCAGUAAUUGAAGCAGAAUUAAAUGAGGCUGAUCAAAAAAACUAAUAGUAACACCAUUGAUAACUGUCAAACUAACUAUAAAUGAUAAAUUACAAAUAAACGGAGUCUAUGACUCAGGCUCUAAUGUCUCUUUGAUAAAUUCAAAAUUAUUGAAGUUAAAAAAGAACGAGAACAAUACUUAUACAAAUGAAGCAAAUUUAAUAACAAUUAAUGGUGUUCAAAAGACAAGUGGUUUGACAAGCUUAAAAGUAAAGAUUUUUGGAUUAGAAAAACAAGUUGAUGUGUACAUUAUUGAUGGAAAAAAUUUUAAGUAUGACUUUUUAAUUGGAUUAGAUUUAAUAAAAAUAUUUAAACUUAUUCAAACUGAAGACUUAGAAAUUAUACAGAAAAGGUAUCCAAAUAAUGAUAAAGUCGAUAAAGUAGAAGAAUUUAGUACAACUUUUAAUUACACAUCAGGAAAAGAAAAAGAAAACAGUAGUAUCUUAAAAAAAUACGAAAUAAAUUUCAAUGAACAUGUAAAUGAAGAAGACUUUGAAAUGAAAAUAAAUCAUUUAGAUGAAGAUAAAAAGGAAAAUAUAAAUAAGUUGAUAAAUGAAUACAAAUCUGUCUUUGCAAAAGAUAAAUACGAUGUUGGUACUGUUAAUGGGUAUGAAGCGAGAAUAGACUUAUCAGUGGAAAAAUACUGCAGUAAAAGGCCUUAUAAAUGCACUAUGGAAGAUAAAAAAGAAAUAGAACAUCAAAUAGCAAAAUUAUUAGAUAACAAGCUAAUAGAAGAAUCUUACAGUCCUUUUGCAGCACCCGUAACACUAGCAUUUAAAAAAGAGGAUAACAAGAAAUCAAGAUUAUGUAUAGACUUCAGGGAUCUGAACAAAAUUGUGGUACCUCAAGCUCAACCUUUCCCUUUAAUUGAAGACUUAGUAAUUAAGACUAGAAACUGUACUUUUUUUUCAACCUUAGAUAUAAAUUCUGCGUUCUGGUCUAUUCCCUUGCGGAUAGAAGACAGAAAGAAGACAGGAUUCGUAACUCAAGAAGGUCAUUUUCAGUGGACCUGCUUACCCUUUGGUUUAAAAACAUCCCCAGCAAUUUUCCAAAGAAUUUUAAGUAAUAUUCUAAGAAAAUACAAUCUUUCAGAAUUUGCUGCUAAUUUUAUAGACGAUAUUUUGGUUUUUUCAAGGAGUUUUGAUGAACACAUUAAUCAUUUGACGCAAUUACUGGACGCUAUAAAAAAAGAAGGAUUUAGACUAAAAUUCACAAAAUGCACAUUUGCGUCAAACUCGGUUAAAUAUCUCGGUCAUAUAAUUCAAAAUAAUUCAGUUCAGCCAGUCAAAGACAAUGUCAUUUCCAUUAAGAAUUUUCCUAUUCCCAAAACUCAAAAGCAUAUAAGACAGUUUCUUGGGAAAAUUAAUUUUUACCACGAAUACAUACCGAGGAGCGCUAUAAUAUUAGAUCCUUUGCACAAUUUAUUAAGAAAAAAUCAGAAGUUUGUUUGGUCUGAUGAAUGUCAAAAAUCGUUUGAUAUGGUAAAAAAUCUAUUAUGCUCUCAACCGAUUCUAGAAAUAUUUGACAAAAAUUUGCCUAUCAAUAUUUACACUGAUGCUUCUAUAGAAGGCGUAGGCGCUAUUUUAAAACAGGUACAACUAGAUGGAAAAGAAAAACCAGUAGCUUAUUUCUCAAAAAAACUAAACGAAGCCCAGAAGAAAAAGAAAGCUAUAUAUUUAGAAUGUUUAGCUAUAAGAGAAGCUGUUAGAUACUGGCAAUAUUGGUUAUUGGGUAGGUCAUUUACAGUGUACUCAGACCACAAACCUUUAGAAAAUAUGAAUUUAAAAUCAAGAACUGAUGAGGAACUGGGAGAUUUGACAUAUUAUUUGUCGCAAUACGAAUUUAAAAUAAAAUACGCUCCUGGGAAAAAUAAUCUCGAGGCGGACUGCUUAAGCCGAAACCCAGUAUUGGAGAUAAAUGAAAAUACAGAUGAGCAAUUAAAAGUAGUGAAUUUGAUAAAUUUGGAAGAUAUUAUAGAAGAUCAAGAAAGUAAUACAGAAAUACAAAAGAAUAAAAAUAAAUUAAUAAAAAAGGAAAAUCUAUACUACAAAAAAGUUGGAAACAAGGAAAAGAUAAUUUUAUCAGAAAGAUUCAGUUUAAAACUUCUUAAAAAUGUCCACGAAAGCUUAUGUCAUAUUGGUGUCGGACAAAUGCAGAAAAUGGUUGGUCCUCUCUUUUCUACAAAUGAAAUGUCAGCAAACAUCAGAAAGAUUUGUAGGAACUGUACGACUUGUAUAAAAAAUAAAUCAAGAGGACAUGGCAAAUUUGGACACUUGUCUCAUCUAGGACCAGCCACAAGACCUUUUGAGAUAAUUUCUAUAGACACAAUAGGAGGUUUCGGAGGCUCAAGAUCUACAAAAAAAUAUCUUCAUUUGUUAGUAGAUCAUUUUACCAGGUACGCGUUUAUUCUUACUUCGAAGACUCAAACUGCAAAUGAUUUCAUAAAGCUUGUCAAGAAUAUAUCGGAAACAGAGGUCAUAGGUAUGAUUCUCACAGACCAAUACCCAGGUAUAAAUUCUUAUGAAUUCAAAAAGUUUUUGGAUGACAAACAGAUACCAAUAGUAUUUACAGCAGUAAAUGCACCAUUCUCUAAUGGUCUUAAUGAAAGACUAAACCAAACAUUAGUGAAUAAAAUUAGAUGUCGAAUCAAUGAAAGUGAGAAAAAGCAGGCUUGGACAUCCAUAGCUCAAGAAUGUGUAAGCAUAUACAAUAAAACUGAUCACUCAGUUACUGGAUUUUCACCAUCUUAUCUGUUGUAUGGUACAAAUGUAUCAAUUCUACCAGAACAACUCAAGCAAGAAGUAUCACAUAAUGAUUGGAUAAGGGAUAAAAAUAUUGCAUUUGCAAAUACUAUAAAAUCACAUGAAUACAAUAAAAGAUUAUUUGACAAAAAACGAAAACCUUGGAUAUUUAAUGUUGGAGAUAUGGUCUUUGUGGAAAAUGGGAAUAAAUUAAACAGGAAAAAACUAGAUGAAUUGAAAAUUGGGCCAUAUAAGAUAAUUGAAAAAAUUUCUAACUCAAUUUAUAGAGUAGAUACAGGUCACAAGAAAAUAGAAUCAAAUCUUUUCCACAUAACAAAGCUUAUUCCUGUCCCAGGUAAAGAGGAGUUACUACAAGAAUAAGAAGAGUGAUAUCAUAUGAUAGAAAUUUCGAGAAGAAAUUUCCUCCGAGGGGGGGAGAUGUAAAGAAAUAAGAUUAUUAUUUCUUCAUUUUGAAUUUGCCGCGCUUUGCGUUGUCGACAAAGCAGCAUGGUAAAGUUGGUAAAACAGUUCUGUUAUUUAAAUUUGCCGCGUUCAGUCACGUCAAUGUCAAGUCGAUAGACGUCAGACAGAAUAAUUUCAAAAUAUAGGAGGUGGUAAAAUAAUUUGUUGAUGAUUGUAUUGUGAAAUAAAUUGGUGGAUAUAAUUUUGAUAAAAAGUGUAAGAAAUAAACUUUAUUGUCGUUUCUUUGUUUACAGGUAUGUACCUUUAUAUUUUAAAAUGUUAGUUUAAGUCGAUAGUAAGAAAUAGUGAAUGUUAGUUAAUACAAAAUAAAAACUUUGUUUACAGCAA